ACAAAGCCAUUAACAAAAAACUCUGCAGGCGAGCGAGCGAGCGAGCGAGCGAGCUAGCUAGAGAGAGAGAGAGAGAGCGACGCAGAAGCACAUUCCUGAGAUUUGCUCAUCUUUCUUUAGCAUCUGGUAGAGAUCAACCUUCCGCAGUUACGCCAUGGAUGGCUCGUGGAGAAAGCGCGGGUCUUUGAUCGUAUUUGGCAUCGUUUUUCUCGGAUGCCUCUCUGCUUUUGCCAUUGCAAAAGAGGAAGCUACAAAGUUAGGAACAGUUAUUGGGAUAGACCUUGGAACAACCUACUCAUGUGUAGGUGUUUACAAGAAUGGUCAUGUUGAAAUAAUAGCAAAUGACCAAGGAAACCGCAUUACCCCAUCUUGGGUAGCAUUCACUGACGGUGAAAGAUUGAUUGGUGAGGCUGCAAAGAAUCAGGCAGCUGCGAAUGCUGAGAGAACCGUUUUUGAUGUCAAAAGACUUAUUGGAAGAAAGUUUGAUGACAAAGAGGUGCAGAAGGACAUGAAACUUGUUCCAUAUAAGAUUGUGAACAAGGAUGGCAAGCCUUAUAUUCAAGUAAAGAUUAAGGAUGGGGAGACCAAGGUCUUUAGUCCAGAGGAGAUCAGUGCCAUGAUUCUCAUUAAGAUGAAAGAGACAGCUGAAGCAUUCCUUGGAAAGAAAAUCAAGGAUGCUGUUGUUACAGUUCCUGCCUACUUUAAUGAUGCACAGAGACAGGCUACCAAGGAUGCUGGAGUCAUUGCGGGAUUGAAUGUUGCGAGAAUUAUCAAUGAACCAACUGCAGCGGCCAUUGCCUAUGGUUUGGACAAGAAGGGUGGGGAAAAGAACAUCCUUGUAUUUGAUCUUGGUGGCGGUACAUUCGAUGUCAGUAUUUUGACUAUUGAUAAUGGUGUCUUUGAGGUUCUUGCCACAAACGGGGACACUCAUCUUGGAGGUGAGGAUUUUGACCAAAGAAUUAUGGAGUACUUCAUCAAGCUGAUCAAAAAGAAGCACGGAAAAGACAUUACCAAGGACAAUAGGGCUCUUGGGAAGCUCAGGAGGGAGGCUGAGCGUGCCAAGAGAGCUUUAAGUAGCCAGCACCAGGUCCGUGUGGAGAUUGAAUCUCUCUAUGACGGCUUGGAUUUCUCUGAACCACUGACCAGAGCUCGUUUUGAGGAAUUGAACAAUGAUUUGUUCCGAAAGACCAUGGGACCAGUAAAGAAGGCAAUGGAAGAUGCUGGAUUGCAAAAGAACCAGAUUGACGAGAUAGUUCUCGUCGGUGGAAGUACCAGGAUUCCCAAGGUUCAACAACUUCUCAAGGAUUACUUUGAUGGAAAGGAACCUAACAAGGGUGUCAAUCCAGAUGAGGCUGUUGCUUAUGGCGCUGCUGUACAAGGAAGCAUCUUGAGUGGAGAGGGUGGUGAUGAAACAAAAGAUAUUCUUCUUUUGGAUGUGGCUCCUCUUACUCUUGGUAUUGAAACCGUUGGUGGAGUGAUGACCAAGUUAAUUCCGAGAAAUACUGUCAUCCCAACCAAGAAAUCUCAGGUUUUCACCACUUACCAAGACCAGCAGACGACCGUCUCCAUUCAGGUUUUUGAAGGUGAAAGGAGUUUUACAAAGGACUGUAGGGAGCUAGGGAAAUUUGAUCUCUCUGGCAUUGCCCCUGCUCCAAGGGGAACCCCACAGAUUGAAGUAACAUUUGAAGUUGAUGCCAAUGGUAUCCUUAAUGUCAAGGCCGAAGACAAGGGCACAGGCCGAUCUGAGAAGAUUACCAUCACCAAUGACAAGGGUCGGCUGAGUCAGGAGGAGAUUGACCGAAUGGUCCAGGAGGCAGAGGAGUUUGCUGAGGAAGACAAGAAGGUGAAGGAGAAGGUUGAUGCACGUAACAGCUUGGAAACUUAUGUGUACAACAUGAAGAACCAGAUCAAUGACAAGGACAAGCUUGCCGACAAAUUGGAGUCAGAGGAGAAGGAAAAGAUUGAGACAGCCGUGAAGGAGGCCCUUGAAUGGCUUGAUGAAAACCAGAGUGCUGAGAAAGAUGACUAUGAUGAGAAGCUCAAAGAAGUAGAGGCUGUGUGCAACCCAAUCAUUGCCGCUGUCUAUCAGAGAUCUGGAGGAGCCCCGGGCGGUGCCUCAGGUGGUGAUGAUGAUGAUGAUGAUUCACAUGAUGAACUGUAGGAUCUCAUUUGACUUUUUUUGCUGACUGCUCCAAAAGAAAUUGAGAAGAUGAGGUAGGAAAGAUUGCAGAGGGAGGUUCUUCUUGCAAUUUGAACAGUGGAACUUACAGGAUGAGGAACAGGGGAGAAAUCAGAAGCACCGAGGAAAAAUGUUUAUUCUCUCUGAUGAGUCUUCCUCCUGUUCCCUUUGAAUUGUUGUUUCUGGAGAACAUGUAUGGGGUAGGACUCAUUUUCUAUCGUGCUAUUUCCCCCCAAAUUUUUUGGUAAAUCUUUUUUGUUAGUCUGUGGGAAACUAAUUGACUUGAUUAUUUUACUUGCCUUUCA